GAAAGAAUUGCGCAGAUAACGAAAAACGAUCAGUACCAUAUCUUGCCUCGCGUGAUAAUUCGUCAACUUUUCUCGUCCACGCUAUCGUCCUCCAUCGUCCUUCGUCGUCUGUCCGUCUCCUAGUGAACUCUCAGAUUAUGGCGAACGAGACUGAGCCUCUCUGUCAGCAAGGAGUGGAUACGAAAGAGGAUCAUCAAACCUACAAGAUACAUAAUCCGGACGACUUCGAUCGUAUCACCAAAGGGAUCAAAGUUGCGCGAUGCAUGCAACUGCCGUCUCCCUAUGGUAAGCUCGCUUCCCAGGAGCUUACGCGACACAUGGGUCGCUCUAUUUCGGAGGAGGAUUAAUGACGAGAGACAAGAUUUAUUAUCGAUAAAUUAUGUAGCGCGUAUAUUCUUUCCCGAUGGUUAAAUUGCGUAGGCGAAUGUUAAUGUUGGUUUUAGCAUUCCACGUUUUAGACGGGAUGAAUAGACAGAAACAGGCCUCUCGAUGGAGAGGAAGAGAAACAAUAGAAGAAGCGAGAGUGCCUGAUAGCGAACAAGAAUUGUGUCAACUAGUAGUAUCAGACUCUUUGUGUUGUUCUCACUGUAAUGCUGAGUUUGAGGAUAAGCCACAACAGAGACUCCAUUAUAAACUGGAUUGGCAUCGUUAUAAUCUUAAGCAAAAUCUGAAUGGCUUGAAAUCAAUUACUGAAGACAGCUUUAACAGGAUUGUCGGCGAAGGCGACAUGUCUAGUCUGUCUGGUAGCGAGGCAGAGUCCGAAAAUGAGGACGAUGCUGGUACUUCGGAGACUAGGACCUCAUCUAACGAGCAAACCAAGAACGAGUCAGCUAGUAAAAGCGGUUCCAACAAAUCUAGAAAGACGUCGGAAAGACGAGGGAGAGCAAUUGAAUCAGACAUUUCGGACACCGACUGCGAGGAAGUGUCCAAGGAGCGGAAGCUGCAGGUUGUUGCUAGUCGUCACACUAAAGUGUUCUUUGAGAACGACGACGGCAAUAUAUUUAGUAUCUACCGAUGCUUAUUACAUCACAAGAAGGACAUUCCGGAGAAAGACAGUGAGAUGAUCUCUCAGGCACUCGACAGUGGCAAAAUGUCAAAGUGGACGGUUAUCAUGGUCGGCGGUGGACACUUUGCUGCGGCUGUAUUUCAAAAUGGCGAGCCUAUUGUGCAUAAGACUUUCCAUUCUUAUACUGUACGAGCGAAACAAGGCUUUGCUCAGAAUUCUCGCACGAAUGCUAAUCACGCGAAGAGUGCUGGUGCCAGCUUGCGAAGAUAUAAUGAAGCGUCGCUUAUUCAGCAUGUGCAAGAGAUACUGGAAUCAUGGUCGAUGCAUAUCAACAAUUCGGCGGCUGUUUUGUAUCGAGCAGUCGGACCGCAUAAUCGUAUGGUUCUCUUUGGUGGCAAGAAUCCUCCUUUAGAUAAGAAUAAUUUUAGAAUAAGACCACUGCCGUUUCCCACGCGUAGAGCCACGUUUAGAGAAGUCAAGAGAGUAUAUGAUAUAGUAAGCACCAUGGAGAUUUAUGGUUCAGCAGCAGAUUUUACCGACUGUUUUCCCAAUUCUCCGCGACAACCCAUACGCAAGAAAGUUUCGAAACCGGAGAUAAUGAGCGAAAUACCAGAAGGAGAUGUCGCUGCCGAAUGUAAUUCUAACAUAGGUAGUAUCGGUAGUCCUCAGGAGAACGAUAAAUUUAAAACGCCAGCACAGUCUACGCCAGAAAAGCAGCACCGAAAUUCCCGUCAUAUAGAUAGAGCGAAACCAAGGAAAAGUCCGAAUCGACCGCUACCAGAUAUUAUUGUAAGACUAGCUCAAUCAUCCUCCGAGUCGGAAAUGGAUGCACAACUUCCUCUGGAUAUACCUUUGAUUGAACAAAUUGUUGAAGUAAAUUUUUCCGAGAAUUUACAAGCUUUUCAGGAUACAGUGCCAAGAUAUAUGAAGAAUAAGAAAGCUAAUCGACAGAAGAAAAAGGUGAAAAAGGAUGCCCAGAUAAUCAAUGAAGCAUUGUUGGAUGCUAGAACCAAACUGUGGACUGCAUGUAAGCAAGGCGAUAACGAUCUAUUGUCUUCAGUGAUCGAUGGUCUGUUGAGUAAAAUUAAAGAGUGCGAGGAAGAACAGAAUAAGAAAGAUAUUGCGGUCAAUGACACGUCUAAUGAUACUUCUGUAAACACGGAUGACGUAACAAAAUUGGUUAAUGAUACCAAUGAGGACGGCAAUACGAUGUUACAUUUAGCGGCACUUGGUGGACAUUGCGAACAAGUAUGGUUGUUGCUAGAAAUCGGAUCUGAUCCUUGUAAUAAGAAUAAAAAGCUGCAAACACCUUAUGCUGCUGCUAAUGAUAAAAAGACUAGAAAUACAUUUAGAAGAUUUAUGGAAGUUAAUCCGGACAAGUUUAAUUAUCAAAAAUCUCAAAUACCUGGACCGCUUAGCGAUGAGAUAGAGCAAGCGGAGAUCGAAAAGAAGAGGCAGCAACGGAAAUUGAAACGUUUUAAGGAAAAAAUCAAGAGAAAGGAAUUUGAAAUAAAAAAACAGGAGGAAAACGAAAAACAGAGAUUUCUUAAUCUUAGCGACAAAGAAAAGAGAGCAUUAAUCGCGCAGAAUCGGAUGUUAAGCGAAGGAUACACUGUAAUCUCGCGAUGCUUCCAAUGCGCCAUUGAUAUGACCAACAAGGAGCCUUUUGAGUACAACGCUAAUCGCUUCUGUUCAAUGCCGUGUCUCAAAGAGCACCGUCUUCACAAUAAAUUUGUUAUCUGAUGGUGUAUUAUGUCUAGCUAGAAAAGUUUUUUUAUUGUAAUUGUGUAUUCGUGUUGUCGAUAUCAGUCAUGAUUAUUAUUAUUGAUUUAUAGUGAAAAGAAAACAGCAUUUAUACAUAGAAAAUUCUUACCGAAUUAACUUAUAACAACUAUUAUGAAAUUUGUCACAAUAAUGGAAAACAAAGAAAUGUUAUCAUUUACAUGCUUUUUUUGAAAAGGUAUAGAAAGGAAGGAAAAAUAGUGUUUUAUAAUAAAUCACAAAUCUUUAAAAAAAUAUUAAUGACAAAAAGAUUUCUUUUCUAAAGGGCUGCGAAUAAAGAUUUUAUAU